AAUAGCAGUUAAAAUACGUGUCUAUUAAUUUCCUCGUGUCUUCAUCAGUGAUCUUAGUGUUUUACGAGUCCUUGGAAUUCCAGUUAAAUAACAUGGCGCUCAAACAGCAAACGCCAUAUUACACUUACAAGAAAAAAGUUAACAUUGGAAAAAGACAUGGACAUCAAAGCGGAGGCAUUAUGGCACAAAUGAUGUACUAUAGUAAGUGAGCUUUUAUAUUCUUUGUAACUAAAGUGCGACGAAAUUGGUUGAUAGCAUAUAAAUUCGAUCCUUGGAAAUUGCCAUGUAAGCGGCCAUGUAAUGUUCUGUUUAUUUUAUAGAUACUGAUGAAAUUCCUACAUAAUAACACAACUUUUUUUAUUCAUUUUCGAAACAGCAAAAUGGUGCAAUUAAAGUGGUCAUCUAUUGCAAAAUGCCUGUCACAAAAAUGUUAUGAAACUCGGAUAUAAAGUUAUAAGGGAGAAAUAAAGACAAUAAUACUUAUAUUUUCUGUUCCAGAAAGUCAAAAUUCUAAGGAAGCUCUCUUGUAAUUGGCUAAUCAUUUUAGUAACCAUGGCGACACCAAUAUCCUCACACAUGUAAGGUAAAAAUAGUAUCUUCACUGCACGUGAUAAAGAUAUGAUUUUUUAUUAAAAGGAAAAAUCCUGGUAUUUCAUCAGUAUCUAUAUAAUAAUUUGAGUUAUUUUCCUGUCUGUAAGGGGUAUAAUUUUGUUGUACAAUGCAGUUACCGGAAUCCAUAUUAUAUCACAUCGUAAAAGCUAGUGCCUUGGAUCUCCUGAAGGAAGAUGGCAAGAGGGAUUUGCAUUGGUUGAUCUUUGUAGGCUUAACUUGAAAUUAAUUAAAGGGGCUAUGUCAGCUGGAGAGCAUGUGCGCUGAGGUCAUGCAAAUAUACUUUCAUCUGUCUAAAUUCUAUUGUUUUUAAUGCUUGACAUUCUAUGUCAUGUACAAAGUGCUGAAAUUGACAGCGAUGUUUACAAGUGAAUUGGGUUUGGAUAAGGGAUAAAAUUGAUAGAAUUUAUGGAAACAUAUAUUGAUCGCACAUUUAAACUGUUUGAUCGUGCUGAAUCACUGUGACAUCGAGAAAAACAGAACCAAGUAUCAUUGGUAUACUACCCCAGUUGAACACCUGCAGUUCAAAGACAUGGCAUUCACAAGAUCUAAAGUAUAACUGGUGCCUCGCUAAGUCCAUUAAGAACAAGCUGGACAGGCAAACGGUUGUGUUUAUUCUUGCCGUGGAUCACAUAAAUACAAGGAGGAAUAUAACUACAUGUAUAACAUUUCCUUCACCAGAAGUUGAGUUUCAUCACGAAACUCAUGGCCAUGCUGUUGUAAGGGUUUAAUAAAAACAGCUGCUGCCAACUCGAUAGCUGCUUCAUUAUGUCCACAUAUAUUUUGAGUACAAAAAAAUAUCCAAGAGCCACUAGCCUCUAAAAUAAGUCAACAGAAAGGUUCUGUGAACUAUAAAGAAAGAUUCCAUCUAAGGUUCAAUCACUCAUUGUGGAGAUUUGAUUGUAGUAGUUAAUUCUCUUUUGGCCGCUGCCAGUUAACAAUGGUCACUGAUAAGAGGACACUGUAAAUCCAUGUAAAAGAUUCCAAGGUGAAAUAACUUCAAAAAUAACAGAAAAAAGUCUUCUGUAAUCACCAUAGAAUGCUACUUAAUACAAAACUGUGCUAACUAUCAAACGGUGGCUAAGAUUUUAAUAAACAGAGAAAAAUAGCCUUUCAAAAUUUCUGACAAUUUGGAAACGUUGGGCUGACUUUUUCAAGUUGUUGUCCUCCAGGCUGCACAUGCGCCUGGGCUGACAGAGCCCUUUUAACAUAAACUGGUUCCUUCUGUAGGUACCAAGAAAGGCACAGAUUACAUACAACAAAAGAAACAAUAAUUAUAACCAAACAGUUAUAUAAAGCCCCCAGGAGAACUCUAUUUUUAGGCUCCUUUGGUUCUUUUGUAUGUGAUGACAGUACCGCAGGUGGCCCAAACUCAUGUUACGAGAAGAAUAGAGUAGCAUAGAACUUAACAAUCUAGUGUAAAAAGCAUUCUGAUUCCGCUUACGACUUCAUCAUUUAUGAUCAAGAGAAAACUGGGUUGUCAGAGUCGCAAGCAGUAGUGGAAGGCUAAACCAAUCACAAAGCAUUGGAACGUGCAUUGUGACUGGUUUAUCCUUCCGCUUCUGCUUCCGGCUCUGACAAUCUUGUUUUCACUAGAUCGCAAACAACAGAGUCAUAAGAAAAUGGAACUGUUCUGAUUCUUCCGACUCCAAUUCUGUCGCACUUAUGACUCUGCUUACAACUCUCAGACUGAUUUUUGAUUUUCACAAGGCCAUAAGCGCUCUUUUGACUCUGCUUAGGAUUCUGACUCCGACUCCGUUGCUGGUGAAAACCAACCUUGAGUACUUUACGGGCCAUAGGUGAUGCGUAACCUUUGCGUUGGACGAGCUGGAGACGGAACGUGAGAGUCAGACACUGUUAGAAAUAAAAUACUGAGAUCUGUGAGCACUAAAAAAUGUUUAAUCUAAACUUUUGUCCAUGUUUUCACUGUGUUAUGGUGUUUGUUUGUUGUUUCACUGGAUUUUUAGGCCCAAUUACAUAACCACUGUUACAUUGUCUGGCGCACUAGAGCCUAAAAAUCCAAUGAAACAACAAGCAAAUACCAAAAUAUAGGGAGAAUUCAUCGCAGACAAGUCUUUUUUAUUCAUUUUUGUGAACAAAAGUUUAAAUGUAACUUUUUUCAGCAUUUACAGAUCUCAGGAUUUUAUUUCUCAGACAAAGUCUCUUAUUUUCAGUAGUCUCUUGUAAUGUGACAUCAGUGCAUCCAGCACAAAGCGCAAAGGUCACGCAUCACCUAUGGCAUGCAAAUUACUUACCCUUUUCUCUUAACUUGAGUAAAUAAAUCUGGCCGCCUGGGACGGUACCUGCAGAAAGUCCCCAUAAAGUCCUGCCAUCUAUUCUUGGUUCUUGUGAGAUCUUGCUGAGACCAUGCAUGUCUUGAUGAGAUAAUCUAUUUAAUCAAUUUUUCACGUUAAUGGUCAUGGAAAAUGUACUCCUUAAUAGUGAGUUAUAACUCACCUGAAAGUGUCCUUCCUGUUCAUAUCUUGGAGAAGUUGGCAGCUUUAAUGAAAUGGUCGUUCAAUGGGCAGCCACCUUCUGCUAUAUUUUGGUCCUCACUAUUACAAUCUGCUCGUUUCAGACAACUGGACAGCUGUAAAUUUCGGACUUGGUAGUGUUAGUUAUGCAAGGGUUUCUUUCCUGACAUUGAUGUCAAGUUGACUGUGAUUUCUCUAACCCUCCAGUGUCAGAGUCGCGAUUGCGUGGGAAGAUCAGGAGGAUAAGGGAUGCUUUAGAAGCAGAUCCAGUGGAUGUGCAGACUCUAAAACAACUAGCAAUAUCAGGUGAUGGACUCAUUACCGUGGACCUUAGAAGCAAGGUGUGGACUAAACUUCUGAAUGUCAAUGCAAUUGAGGCUUCAAGAAAUCACGAAAAAAAGGAAGGUAAAGUGUACCUCAUGAUACAUUGUAAGCAGAUCUACUGCAGCUCUCCAACCUCUGCGACUGUUUUGGCUCCAAAAAUUGCAGGAAAAGUCAACCUGUGUUUGGCAGUCAUGUGCUAAGCUGUAGUGUCUUUUAGAAUGAAGAUGAUUUGAACUGUGGAAAUACAAAUUUAAGUGAAGAUAUGAUCGCCGCAGUAGUGAUAAUUGCAGUUUAAGCAAUUGCAAAUUAACACGAAAAAAAUUUGGGACUUCAACAGGAUUCAGACCCAUGUCCUCCGCAUUAGCAGUGCUGCAGUGCUCUACCAACUGAGCAUUUUUAUUAGUGUUUUUAUAAUAGUUUUAUAAAUUAAGUGAGAUUAACAUAGCAUGUCUGUUUUCUACAUCUGUAUUUUGAGUGCAGAGUAGCCUUUGUGAAAAUAAAUCCAUUCAAUUCGCUGUGACCAAGAGCUACAAAUCUCUGAAAUGGCUGCUUCUCAAUGCCUAUUUGGCAGUCAAUUUAAUUAUCUACUCAAUCCUUUCAAGCGCGGUUCUUUUUUUGAGGUUGGAAAUUGUUUCAAAAUAAUGUUUAGAACUUUCAUUUACCCAGCCAGUAGUGACAUAGAGUGGCAUAGAAAGCUCUGCUUGCUGGAAACUUAAAGGAUUCCUCUUUAUUUGGUACAGUUUAUCUACCAUUUUCAGGAACUUGGUUUGUUUGUGAAUGCAUUUUAUUAAUGAAGUGUAAAUUCAUAAUUAUGUAGUGUUAUUUGCACUGACAGAUAAUAUGGAGAUCAAGCAAUUUCGAGCACAUAAAUAUUGGAAGCAAGUUAACCUGGAUGUUGAUCGAUCGCACAGGAGAUUUCCAGCAGGUGGGGCAAUCAUUCUUAUUUUUCCUGUAGCCAAAACAAACAAAUAUUUUCAAAGGUUUUAAACAAGACCUCUAUAUAUACUAGUCAUGCUUUUAUUGCAAGAUUGUAGGUAAACACUGUGUAUACUUCUGUACAUACAGAAAAAAAGUAAUUUCAGCAGCGGGGCUAAAGUGCAGGUCACAGGCCACAGGUCAGGUCACAGGUUACAGGUCACAGGCCACAGGUCAGGUUACAGGCCACAGGCCACAGGUCAGGUCACAGGUCAGGUUACAGGUCACAGGUCACAGGCCACAGGUCAGGUCACAGGUCACCCAAAAAACAAUAGGACACUGGACAAAACUGUUCUGGACUGACGUUUUACUAUACAAAAAUAAAAUAAGUCAAGGAACCUUGAUGAUAUUUUUGUCCUUUAAACAAUAUUAAAUUCCACACAUGGAAUAACAUUUUCAUGCUGAUCAUACGGCAUAUCCAAAGUUCAGAACGAAAAUCACAAAGGUGUGCAAAAUCAUGUGAUUUGUACGAAAAACAAAUCACAUGUUUUUCACUGAAAACGAAGUGUUGUCGUGUUAUUAGAAUGUCAUCUCCAAAUAAACCGUGCAGCCAAGAUAACUUGGAGCGAGUCAUUGAAAUGCAGCACUGUAAUCCUUUUAUACAUCAGCAGUUUACAGAGUCAAAGAUUCAAGUUGUAAUGGUGGAAUGCUCCCACCUAAAGCCCACGAGGCAAAUCCAACAGAGGUUUUUCAAGCUGUUGUGCAACAGAACAUGAGAAAAUGGCAAGUUCUUGGGAGAAGAGCCGAGAAAUAUGGUCCAGCAACUAUUCGAGAGGCCCAAAUAGCAGUGUCUGAAGUUCUUAACCGACUACACUUUAACACAGCAGUAUUUAAUGACUGGUACGAAGCGCGAGCAACAGGCCGCCAUCUUCAAAAGAGAUGGAAGAACGAUCUAGUGGCAAGAAGAGUUUAGGACGAGGAAAGUCUGAAAAAAGUUGCCGUAUUUCAGCGGUCAAAUAAGUUUUAGACUGUCCUUAAGUUUUUCUUCCGUUUUCCCGUCGAAUGCUUUUCAAAACAUCUACAAACACGUCAUGAUAUUCUUAACGCAACAGCCCUUCGUUUUGAGAUUCGUUUUUUUCUCAAAAAACACAUGAUUUUGCGUACCUUUGUGAUUUCGUUACCAACUUUGGUUACGCUGUAACGCAAGUCCUCUUUGCGUGAUCAACAAUGAAUAUAUUUUCUCAUGUGUGGGAUUUGGUAAAGUUCAGAACAGAAAAAAUAUAAUUGAGGUUCCUUGGCUUUGUAUAAUAAAAUGCCAAUCAAGAACAGUUUUGUCCAGUGCCCUAUUGUUUUUGUGUGUGACCUGUGAUCUGACCUGUGACCUGACCUGUGGCCUGUGGUCUGUAACCUGGCCUGUGGCCUGUGACCUGUAACCUGGCCUGUGACCUGACCUGUGACCUGUGACCUGCACUUUAGCCCCGCCGGUGAACUUGGGUUAAUUACAUGUUGUACAGUAGUUUGUUCAGAAUCCAAGUACUUGUAUUGGAAACAUAGUUUUAUAGGUUGGCAGUGCACAAAUUAUCUAAGUGUAAAAUACCAACAUUUCUGAAAUCUAAUUUUUUUAAAUACAUGUAUAUCAGUUUUUGUAAUACAAAUUCUGUAUUGGAAGUGAAAUGAAUCAGCAUCGUGAAAAAAAGUGUCUUAUCUUAAACAGGGUAACAAAAUGAAAGGAUUUUGUCUUAAAAAUAAUUUGUCUUAGAAAAUGUUUUAAGCAUUAUCAGUUUGGCAUAUUGUGCAGUCAUGCAUGUUUCCUACCUACUAAAUUGACGUAUAUGUUAGCAGUCAAAAUUUAAGUAAGGUUAAAAAUUUUUUAACCUGGGUUGCUUCUCAAUUUUUCUUUAUCUCCUAGCCCUAAUGUUCAUGACUGCGGGCUACAUGUAGGAGACAAAUGAAAUCGAGGCCCUGCCAGGGUAAAUUCCAAUAAGUAACCUGACCCAAAAAGUAGUGACAGAGUGUAAAAUGAAAUCGCGGCAAGAGACAACCUCCCUGGCCAAAUUGCGACAGUGACGGCAAAGCCGUGAAUGAAUGACAAAGAACGGUGGAUUGGCUAAUUUGUCGCCAGUCUGAAUGCUAAGAAGAAGUAAUUUUCGUCCAUUUUCCUUGCACAUCAGAGAAUGUCUCUUGUCAGUGAGCUUCAGUGGACCCUCCUGUGAAUUGUGUUAAUUGUGAAUAGCAGUGCAUCGGUGUUUGAUAAGCGAAAUGUUAACUGAGAAAUUGCUGAACUGUAAUGGUUUCUUUACAACGCAUUGCUAUCCCCCUUUUCUAAAAUUUCGACAAAGACAAAGAAUUUUCAUUCAAUUUCCAACCUCGAUGUGAGGUAUUUGUAGACACAGACUAGUAACAUGGGAUGGCAGGGCUUCGAAAUUGAGAACUGACCUAGGUUAAAAAAAAUUAACCUGAGUUUAAUUUUGACCUGUGACAUUAUCCCCGUAGAAAUGAGGGCUUCAAGACGUCGUGCACUUCAAGAACAACUUGUUAGAGUUAUUAUGAGAGUUUUGUGUAGAAACCUGGACCUACACUACUAUCAGGUAAUUGUUGUUAUUGGUUACCAGAACAGUCUGACUUCAGCAAUAUUUACAUGUAGCAAUAAUAAAAUCACUAACCAUUAUUAUCAGUAGUUAACUUGAUUUUUCUCCCCAGAAUUAAUGUAACAGUUGAUACAACUGUUGUAAUACAUUGCAAAAAUCUAUUCCCAAAUGUAAUCAUUGAUGAUUUUUAUCACAUGGGCUGUUUACCCUUGAGCUUUCAUCAAACUCCAGGGGAGGACUAGUGUAGAUGCACUGUAUUGGCCAAAACAUGCAGAAAUAGACAAACAGUGGUCUGAGUCAAUAAUAUUUUUCUUUGUGUUUAAGUGUUAAGCUGGUAGACAUAGUACAGCGUAAAAUCUAGUAUAUUCAUUUGGUUACGUUACUUUUUUUCACUUCCAAGGGUUACCAUGAUGUAGCAGUAACUCUUCUGCUUGUCGUUGGAGAGGAUGUUGCCUCCGCACUACUUGAACAGCUAUCACUGUAUCAGCUCAGGUGAAAUCAAUGCUCCUUUCUACUAUCCAUACAUUUCCAGUGGUACUCAUGAAGGGAAUGUGACAUUUUAAUUAAGUGGUGAUCAAUUCUUUUAUUUUCACGACUUUUGAAUGAUAUUCUAAUGCUAAAUUAAAGUAAGGUCUGAUCACCAUUAAUAAGUCAUCAAAAUGCUAGAAGUGCCAUUUGAAAUAAUGUUUUGAAAGAAAGAGAAAUCAAGCAUGAAAGAGCCCACAAAUAAAGAUGAGCUUCAGACGAGAUUUGGAACUCACAACCAUCUGAGUUCUAAUUCAGAUGCCUUAACUACUGAAUUACUGGAGGCUCUUUUUGGCAAGCAGGAACCUUAAGAAUUGUGAAAACUUAGGUAAAAUUCUGAAAAUUUCAUGUGUAAGAUAUAAUUUUGUGAAAUUUGACAUUCAUUUUCUCGGGCACCCAUGAGAGAUUUUCUUUGGUGUUAUUACAGAUGACUUAAACUACAUCUCUAGCCCUUGAAUAAUGUAAAAAAGAAUGCAAUAUGCUUUAAAUUAUUCUGGUACAAGGUUUUCGUCCAUUGAAAAUUAAAAUUACUCAGUUUCCUGGUGGAUUCCGUCUUAAUUAUUUUUGUUGUGAGUGCUUUUUAAAUCUUGAUAUUGUCUCUCAAUUAUUUUAUUAAUUCUCAAGGGAUUUUAUGGAGGGUUCCAUGGAGAAGACUAAUAAAAUGCUGGCAUUUCUGCACCCCAUUCUUGAAGAAGCUGAUCCUGAAUUAGAAGAUUUCCUCAUUAGGUAUGUACGGAACAACUUUCACCUUUUUGGCAUCAGCUUUUUUUCCCUCUUUGUUGUCAUUGAACCUUGACUCAAUGUACUGAGUUUUAGAAACUGAAGCAUGUAUAAUACAUGUCCAUAUAUGAUACCUUGAUAUUAUUUUGAUUGCAUCUUUGAAAACUUUAUUUAACAAGACAGUAUGCAUGGUAAAAUUCAUCUGUAAAAUUUAGAAAUCGUAAAACAAAAACAGUGAUGCUUAGAGAGAGAGAGAGAGAGAGAGAGUAACACUUAAUACAGUUGAACCUCUCUACAAUGCAUGGCCACCUUGAGGACAGAAGCAAGUGGCUGUCGUAGAGAGGUGCCCGUUGUAGAGAGGCUUUAAACAAGAGUCAAUGUAUGGAUUUUUAUGGAUUUUUGUCCACUGGGAGGAAAAAAGGUGGCCAUUAGCAAAGGUUUGACUGUAGUUCCAAGAGCUGAUAAACCUGUGAUUAGUCCCACUCUCUACCCCAUGCCCAACCCCCUACCCCCUACCCCCUGGCUCUUUUCUCCUCUCCCUCUCCCCCAUGGGUUAUGAGGAGGAAAUAGCUGACAUUUCAGACAAACUCAACCCACAUGCGGCACUUCAUCUCGAAGUAGCAUGGCUAAAUGGUUAGAGCACUGAACUUGUAAUCUGGAGGACCUGAUUCAAGUCUCGUUCUGACCUCUAGCUGGAUUUGUUCUUGAUAGUGCCAUGUUCAAAUCCUUGGCCAGGCUCCUAAAAUGGCCAACUGGUUCGCUUCCUACCUGUUGGGAUUCUUAACAAUGUUAUGAUCAAGUUUAAUUAUUUGUUUAUCACCCCUGAAAAGCUCCAUAAGGGGAGAAGAUAUUUAUUUAUUACGGUAUAUAAACACCAAUGAAAUACUAGGUGAGCUUUCGCGCAAAAUCCUGAUAUCUUCACUCGUGAAAAUAACAUGUUAUUGUUAUGCAUGUGAAAAUAUCACGUUAUUUUCACAUGUUAAAAGAUCACCGUUGUUAUGGCUACAUAAUAAAAUAAUCAUGCCUUUUGUAGCCAAAAAAAUAUUUAAGUGAAAUGAUUUGGAAUUUCAUUGGUGUUUAUAUAAUAAAUAGGACAUUACAUAGUCGCUUGGAGAUACAAAAUUUCUCUUUUCGUGUUGAAAAAUAUUUCACAAGUGAGCGCAGUGAACAAGACUAGUGAAAUAUCUUUCAACACUCGAAGAGAACUUUUGUAUUUCCUCGCGGCCUUGUAAUAUCCUCUAUUUAUUUACACAGUGUGAACACUAGGAUCUGAACCUAGGCCACACUGGUGGGAGGCAUUGUUACUCUCACCAGUGAGCCAAAUACACAGUUGCAUUGUCUCAUGCAGGGUACUAUGUUCUUCCCUCCCCACCUCCCCCUCCCCCACCAAAAAGUGGUACAAGCAUUAUUGGUAGUAAUAUAAGGCUGAGUUUGAUCUGAAGAAUGGUGGAGAUUGAGAAGGGUGUUAUCGGCUGAGGCUGAUGUGUGAAAUGUUCCACAAUAAUUUUCUACAGCUGUAGCAAAAAAUGCAAUCUUGUCCCCAGAUCUUCUUGGAUGCCGUCCAUUUUUCUGGCGAUUACCCGUACUAUUGAGGUCAUUUUUCGGAUAUUGCGAAAGUGUUGUAGUCAAUUUUUUAUCUUUGGUAUUAUUUUAUUUUUCUUUUGUUGCAACUUCAUUAGCAUACAUUACCAUACCCAAAAACAAAAGAAAAACAAAAAUUACGCGAGAUAAAAAAUUAACUACAACAAAAGUUUUCAAAAUUUGGUCAACGCUAUCCGAAGAAUUAGCCUUGGAAUGUGAGCCAAUUCGAAACGGCGAAAUAUUUUGAAUGAAUAGUGAAACUGGUAGUAGUGAGUAGUGUAAGGUGCAAUCAUAUUGAACUGUACUUGUCAGGUGCUGCUUGCACUCCCUUCCCUCCAUCUCCCACUUUCCCACCCCCACCCCUCCCUUUUCCUUAUUACCCCCUCCCUGUCGAACGCACUCCCCUAAAUGUCAAACAUUACUUGUUAUCAUUUUUUUUCUGUACAUGUACAAAUCAGGUCUGAAGUGGGCCAAGUUUUCGCUCUUAGCUGGCUGAUCACGUGGUAUGGUCACGUGCUUAAGGACUUUACCACCAUUGUCCGACUGUAUGACUAUUUCUUAGCAACUCAUCCUCUUAUGCCCGUGUACUUCGGUGCUGCGGUAAGUCUGUUUCCUGCGGUAAGUCUGUUUCCUGUUUCUGAUCAGCCUGAUACUAAAUAUCAACUUCUAAAGUUCAGGCAGGCGCAAAGAGCAACACUUCAGCUCUCCUUUGUGUAUAUUCAAAACUAACCUGAGAUCAGGCUCUAUUUUCGUUCCACUUUGAAAAUUACAUUUUGCCGGGCAAGACGAACAGCGGUAGCCGUUAGAGAGAAUGUAUGAGAACCGCUCAAAUUGGGCCUGAUCUCAGGUUAGUUCAAAACAUAGCCGUUUCGUUGCGAGUUUGCUGUGCAUACUCUGUCGAGUGUUGUGUCCGAUUUUUUGUGGUUUUCACGCAUAUCAUGUCAUUUGUCCUCAAGCUUGCUCCGUAUAACUCUGCCUUCUUAACAUUGUCUGCACUCUGGGACUACCAGCUGACUACGUUAGUUUGCGUUCAAAUUCUCUGUGUAACGUGAUCGCUUUCUCCCCUGUAGCUUGUUAUUCGCCGCCGUGCUGAUGUUCUAAGCGGUGAAUGUGAAAUGAGUUACGUUCACCAUCUUCUUUCUCGAAUCCCCGACGAUCUGCCUGAUUACGUGGAAGAACUUGUCACCGCAUCUCAUUCACUCUUCUGUAAAUUCCCUCCCGAGAAGCUAGCUGGCGCUGCAGAACGUUACCUUAAGGAAAGGUGAGUAAGCCAACGGAAGGUCUACCAUUCAUUCUACCAUUUCCCUCUAGUUCUUUUGGAAUUCUCACUACUCACUGUGUUUCUCCAACCUACGCAAUCGGCGACAAAUUUGUUGAGAUUAUUUUUGGGAUACCGUAAAAUUCCGAAAAUAAGCCGGUCCAUGUAUAAGCCCCUCCAAAUAUAAACCCCCCAAACCAGUAACGCAAAAACCCUCCGUUAAAUCGCCCCUCCAAAUAUAAGCCCCCUGGGAGCUUGUACUUGGAAAAUUGCCCUCAAAUACAAAGUAAAACUAAGAAAAACGAUAAACUUCCUUCCAAGUAUGAGGCUAGCCCAAUCGAUUUUGAAACGCGAAUUUCCCUCCGUACAUAAGCCCCUCCGAAUAUAAGCCCCUCCAAAAAUAAGCCCCUCAAAAAGGGCCUUUGAAAAAUAUAAGCCCCGGGGCUUAUUUUCGGAAUUUUACGUUAUCUUUCGGGGAACAAAAAAUUUACACCUCCUCCUGCCCACUCCACUCAAGAUCGUUCAAAGUUGCCUGGGUGAUAUUUGUAGUUUUCUACAUAUAGCUUAAACAGCGGCACAACAUUGCGUAGAGGGUGAGGAGAGUUUAGGCUUCAUUUCCACUUUUUGAAGUAAAUAGUUUCGGCAGAUUUCGAGGAAUGUCCUUGAGGGAUAAGUGCUGGCUAAUUUUGUCGCCGAUUGCAGGUAAAUAGCCAGUGUAGCACCCGUUUCUGCUUGUACUCAGAACUGAGAACGAUAGUUGGACCUGAGUAAACCCAAAGGAAAGGGUGUCAUCCCACUUCUUAAAAAACGCUUGAUACGCAGGCUUGUACUGUAGUUGUAGGUUUAUGAAUGGAUGCAUUGUUACAGUUGUUUUCUAAGAUAAAACCCCUUUGCUUUCCUUUGUGUUCCUCAAACCAUUUGUAGAAAUUGAUACAUUGUCGCUGCGUUGUUUCCUUACAGGAGCCAUUUUAAACAGGGAACCGGUGACGAAAAUUCGGGGCUUGGGGGCUAACCCUAAGGCUAAUUGGCAAACUGUCAAGAGAGUAGCCUGCGUGCGAAAAAGCGGUUUGGGGGAGGGGAUGGGGGGAGAGGAAAUGAGACUCCUUCUCCCCUUUUCCCUUUCGGGUUUUGCACCCCCUCUCUCCCCUUCCUUUUUUUGCGCCGGCCACUCAGGCUUAGAAGAGAGCAGCUCCUAGUUGCCCAAUGCUACAUAGUCCGUGUUAAGCUCGGGCACGAUUACCAACCGGCGUUCACGCGACUCUCUACAAUUAAACGUACAUUUGUUUGUAUUUCAGCAUGGCCCUGGCCAAACACAGGCAGUUCAUCAGAGAGUUGGAGGAUCAGAGACCGGAUUCUGUUUUACGACAGCGAAGGAAACAACUCGCUCAAUACUCAAACGAUGUUCCAGCGGGCAUCCAGUCUCCAAGUCAAUCGAACCCUUACAUGAAACUAGCGGUAUGGACGCUUACGGCUUCCGUGGGAACGGUGGCGCUUUACGUCCUGAGUUCUGCGAAGCGCUGGAUUUAGUGAUUAAUACUUUCUCUGAGCGAGUAGGAUGCCAAGUAGCAAGCCCUACGACAUUUUAUAUCCUGUCACUCUAUUACGCAACGCAGUUUUGAUAAAGGAAGGCAACCCAGUGCCACAAUGAAGCAACGAGAAGCCUUGAAAGUUUUGCGUGACUCUGUGGUCUCUAAGCCAGAGUUGUUGCCCAUGAAAGUGUGAGGAGUGACCAAUAAGAAUCAGACAUCGCACUUUAUAUCUAGCCUGGGAGUAAGCCCUGCAUUUUGGGGCUAUCGUGAGAGGUCAUGCGCGAGUGGCACGCGAAAGGAGACACGAGUAUCAAGAGUGAAGCCUGUACAUGGAAUAUCGUGAGUUGGCCUGCGAGCAAGCUCUCCUAUUUGGGCGAGCGAAGCGAGCCGCGCGAGAACGCGCGAGCGAGCGGCGAGGGCGCGAGGAGCCGGCGCGUCUCCUCUCGCGUGCCUCUCGCGCGUGUACUUUUCACGAUAUCCCCGAAUGAAGAGCUUGCUCUGCGGCUAACCGUGAAUUAUCUAUGCUCUCCUAGUUAUUAGCCUUGCGUGAUUUAACGGCGGAUAUCGAGCAAGAUCAUGUAAAGCUAUCACUCACGCCAGCUCCUACCUUGAUGAGAAGGAAAAGCUGAUAUUAUUUUAUAUUGAUUGUGUGCAGUGCUUGUUAAUGAAAUCUGAUUUCAUCAUUCAUUAAUAAACAAUUAUUCCGCGAGUGCGCGUUGGAUAUGAGAUGCUAGAUAGCCAACGAGGCGCGUAGUGCCGAGUCGGCCAUGAUCAUCUCAUAUCCAACAAGCGCGGUGGAAUAAUUGUUUUAUUAAAAACGCCCAGAAAGUAUCGACAAUUUUUCCCGACUCUAUUUGUAAAAACAACCGAUUUUCAGCUUGUUUUUAAUUUUGAGCAGACGCGUACAGUUACUAUAUUUGGAGAGCAUGGUAUAAUGUCUCAUAUACCAUGAUGGCUAAGCCAAUCAGAGCUCUAGAAUUGCAUUAUCCAAUGAUUCAGUUUUUAUUAGCAAACAUUAUUAUGUGGCAGCCGCGGGUAAGGCAAAAUAGGUUUAACUGCCCGAUCGGGAUUUCCAGCCGGAAAACAUUUUAUUUUAGCCAUAUAUAUAAAAAAAUAAUAAUAGCAAGCUUUUUUGGUCAAGUGGCUGAAUAUUGGCUUCUUUCUUCUUAUUCUCUGCGGUUUUUGUUCUCAUGGACCGUGCUUCCUUUAAAAAAGGACUUGAGUCAAUGUUCAGCCAUCUUGAUCUCCCACUUGGUCAAUAUUGCUUAUUUAUUGAGUGGUAGGAAUAAUGUUUAUUUCUUAUCAACCAAAAAUAUUUUGCACUAGGCGUGCAAUAUCACCAGCGCAUCUGUUUUUCAAAAAAUAACUUGACUUAAAUUUGACGUCAAAGAUUCUUUUACGAGGUAGCUACGUCAAUUAUCAAUAAGCCUAGCGUCCUUCUUAAGCGUUUUAAAGAAUAGUUUUCCUUAACAUUGUUUUCCUCGAAGUAAACUUCACUGUUUCGCAAGAAAGUCUUUCAUACAGUUGACUCCCGAUAACUCGAACCAAAAUCGAUUUCCCCUGGAUUUCCGUCAUACAUUUACUGUAAUUUUACCCUGUGUAACUUGAACCCUCGAUAACUCGAACUUCCCGCUAACUGGAAGUAGUUUUUGUUUCCCUCGGAUCAUUUCUAUUUCCUCUUCAAAGUCGGGAAAAAACAGUCUACUGGCGUUCCAAACAUUGAAUUUUGAAUUUCCCAUUGACGUGUUGUAGGCAUAUAGUUUACUAUUGGUAGCCUACGAAAACAUCCGUUUCUCCUCGCUCUUCGCCGCUGGGGACGUUUCGCGCGGAGGAACGUCUGCGACUCAGCGACAGAAAUUCCAUACUGAUGACGUAAACUCUGUCCGGAAACCGGUCAGAAGCGCUGUUUGGUCGGCGCAGUAGUUACGUUGUUUUAGUUAUUGUUUACGAAUGACAAACAAAAGACAAAACAUCAAAUCUAAACGCAAAGAAUCUCUAACAAAACAGUCUAUAUUUGUGGAAUAUAGUGUUCUGUAGAAGAAGCAUUUGAGUUUUGCGGGAGCUCGUUGGCAGAUGAACACAGCAACCACAACAACAACAACGAGCUUUAUUCGAAUGACCAUACAAACACAUACAGUAUUGCAAAAGCUAUGUUUAGGAAUCAAAAUUACAACACAGGGCAAUUACGUUACUUUGAUAAUAAUUUAGCCCGAGUAUCAGGUGUUUCUGGGGAAAAGGGGAAAGAUGGAAGCGAAAAAGGGAGAGAGGUGAAGGCGAGAACCUUCCUUUCUCUUCUCCCCCUCCCCCCUCCCCCAUAGGAAGGCCUGAUACUCAGGCUAAUAAUAAUUUGUCACGAACAUCAAAACAAGCUGAAAUAUAUUUUAUGAAUUGUAUAUUGAUAGAGUAAUUAAAAGAGUUCAUCAGUUCAUUGAUCAAACUGUUUAUAGGUAACAGGGUAAUAUUUGGAAUCAGAGUCUCGACGUUAUAGUAAAAUUUAUUCCUAGUCAUAACACAACACUUUUCCAAAAUCGACCACAAGACACGUAAAAUUAAACAAAGUUAUAUUGGGAACCCCAUGACUUGCAGAUUUAUUCUGUAAACAGUGAUUUGCAUCAUCAGUAUGGAAUUUCUGUCGCUGAGUCGCACACGUUCCUCCGCGCGAAACGUCUCCAACGGCAAAUAGCGAGGAGAAACGGAUGUUUUCGCAGGCUAACUAUUGGAGGCUGAUAAUCUGUGUCACAAAUCUAAUGUGAAACAGCUUUACUUCUCAAAACAGUAAAACGCAUGCUCUACAGUGGAACCCCGUCAAUGCGACCACCGUUGGGCCAUAAAAUCCUGGUCGUAAUAACGAGGUGGUCGCAUUAACGGGGUCGUCAAAAUAAUAAAAUGACUCUAUGGUUUUUACGUUUGGUUUGAAAGAACAUGGCCGUAAUAACGAGGUGGUCUUAUAAACGGGGUGGUCGUAAGGCGGGGUUCCACUGUAUUUAGGCAAUGUUUUGUUACGUUACGUUCUGAUUUAUAAUCUGGAAGUAUCUUUUAAUUUUCACUUGACAUUUCUACAAUUAAAUGUGAUUAAAAUGUUUACUAUGCAGUAAAAACUGUUUUUUUCCUUACUCCCGGCUAUUUUCUUCGAGCUCCGGUUAACUCGAACUCCCGAU